CUUCAGAAGCUCAUUAAGGACAUCUAGGAGGACAGCGCAUCAAUUGGAGAGGCCCUCCAGCUUCUUCUUGAUUUUUUUUAGGUCUCACUAAACCCAUUCACUGACCAGCUAACGGCAGAAGUGGACUCAAUUUAGAGUCAGAUGAGACAUGAAAGAUGUCGCGCUGUGAAGGGGUGUUGGAGACUUAUUAAAACAGCAGGAAGGGCCCUUGGACUUGAGCCAAAUAGGAUCUAACCCUGUCGCGCACUGGCCGGAUUUGGAGAAAGUUGGAUGCACUUGUUGUGAUGCUCCUUUGGUUCUGGUCUCUUUCUGUUGACCGGUUUUCUCCCAUCUGAAAGCUUGGACUUGACGUCAGUUUUUUCUCGUGGCUGAAUGCCGGACCUGCAAAAGUGACAUACGCAUCUGCAGCUGGGGACUGAAGAUGGAGAUGCAAGGGCAGUUACAGGACUCCACGUUAAUUAAUUUUGUAAGUGACAUUAACCUAAUGGAGUUCCCGCAGAAGUAUGCUUUAGGGCCAAUACAGCAGGACACCCCACUUGGUCCAAACAACCAGACACUGAUAAACAACCCUUCUUGGAGCCGAGAGCUGCAGGGCGGAUUGCUCACUACACAUAUCCGCUCCGAGCAUCUGGCGAUGGACUCGCCAAGGUGUUACAGCCACGGGAGCCACGGCCAUACCAAAUCCAAGCGGAGGAGGGUCAUCACCGUGGUCCAGCGACAGGCGGCCAAUGUGCGGGAGAGAAAGCGGAUGUUCAGCCUGAACGAGGCGUUUGAUGAACUGAGGAGAAAAGUUCCCACAUUCGCCUAUGAGAAAAGGCUGUCUCGUAUCGAAACGCUUCGCUUGGCCAUCGUCUAUAUCUCCUUCAUGACGGACCUGUUGGAAAACACCUGAGACAGACGAGUUCAGUAUUAUCGUUAUUUUGUGGAUCUGAAUGAAUAGUUGAAUUGCUUUUGGAAGAAUUCUUGCCUAUUUAUCAUCAUUAUUUGAACUGGUGAUAUGCCAUUAAAAUACAUCCAGAUAACAAGACAGCAAACUUUAAGUGUAUGGUCUAUAGCGUUCGGAUAACAUUAUAAAUAUAUAUAGUCUAUAUGUACAGCAAAAACGUUGAAUAACUUGAACUUUUAAACUUUAAUUAAAAUGAGGCAUCUCAAAAA